GAUUUAUUAGUUUGUAUCAUGUGGAUUGCAUUCUAAUUAUUAACAUGUUUGAAAAACAUUUAAUAAUGAUACUAAACUAUUACUUUGAAUGUUCAUAGACUAACAUAUUAAGACCUUAUUGGUUGUAAAAACACCACAAGCAGGAUGCCUUCAAUGUCUAACUAGUUUAACUUUCUAAACUCUGAAAGUGAUGUCAUAUAAUUUCUCUGAAACAAUUUAGAAAGGAAAAGUAAAUGUGAAAAUAACAGAAUAAUCCACUGUUUGCCAUAUAGAAUAGAAUAGACCUUUUUUGAUCCUACAAAGAGGAAAUGAUCUUGUUACAUAAGCUCUAUUAAAACAGCAGAUAGAAAAUAAUUUGUGAUGUGAUAUUAUUGUAUUGGAUUGGAUUUUAUAAUAUCACCCGGAUAGCCUACAUUUAGUUUGAAACAUAUUUUGGCAAAACGUUUUAUAAUAUAUUUUUUAGCUGUGACUUUGGUGCGUUUACAUGCAAGUAAGGAUAAUGCUGACUGGAAAUCUUGUUCACAUAUUUAUGACGCUGGGGGUUUCCCAGGUGGAAUUUGCUAGUUAAACCUGAUUACUCUGGCAUGUAAACACCAAUCGGAUUUCUUGACAGCUUUCUUUAGAACUGAAAUGACUGUGCACCUUCAAUAAAGAACCAGCAGCAUUAAAAAUAUGUUUUUGCUAUAUGAUGAUGUGAAAAUGCACGUAAACGCACCAAAUGUGACAGCAGGAGGCAGGCAAGUUGUAUGCGCAGCAUCAGCAGACAGGCAGGCACGCGCACAAACACCGGAGCUGCCCGCGUGCGAGCUCACGCACGGGGUCGCGGCUGCCUUCGACAGUAUGAUGCAAUGGCGACUGCGCCGUGGGAAGAGAGCGAGGAGUUGAAUGAGUUUCCCUCCACAGUUGAAGCGGAGCAGCCGCUGACAGUCGGGACGCUGCCGGUCCAGAGGGACUGCGGACGGACUGGGAGUCAAAACUCUGCGCUUAUAUCCGCCACAUGGAAGCCCUCAGCCAGGUGUGUCUGCUAGCCCUCCAGCUAGCCCUGUCAUGACGGUUGGAGCAAUUUCUCACACAUCUGUGCGACACGAGAGAGAAGAUUUUUCUCGCUGAGACACAAAACCAAGGUCGGAGAGAGGUUGUCGGAAUAUAUAUAUAUUUUUAAAAGGAGCUUCUUCCAUAUUCGUCCUUCCCUGCUGGACCAUGGCCGAGAGGACCUCAAGCGGGUUGUUGACGAUGAUGUUGGAGCCCACGCCUGCCGUCGCGAUGACCCUGCCGGCGGAGGUCCGGGAGAAGCUGGCCGAGCUGGAGCUGGAACUGUCUGAAGGGGACAUCACACAGAAGGGAUACGAGAAGAAAAGAAGCAAGCUGCUGGCACCUUACAUCCCACAGAUACAAGGUGUAGAUCCAUCAAUUGACAACAGGAUCCAGGCCUCCUCUCAAGCUGUUCUUCCCAGUUCCAAGCAGAACAGGUCUCGGGCUGCGAACGCUCGGGAUGAAAGGUUCAGAUCUGACAUUCACACUGAGGCUGUUCAAGCAGCCUUGGCAAAGUACAAGGAAAGGAAGAUGCCCAUGCCUUCCAAGAGGCGCUCUGUACUAGUUCAGUCUUCAGUUGAGGCAUGCACCCCUCCAGACACCUCCUCGGCUUCCGAAGAUGAAGGCUCACUACGUUGGCAGGGACGCCUGGCCAGUUCCACACCCUACCAGGGUCACAGUCACCCAGCCGUAGAGCACUGGUUUAACCGAGUCAUCCAGGGUUCAUCCACCUCAUCCUCUGCCUCAUCCACCUCAUCCCACACGGGAGGGAGAUCUGCCACCAACAGCAGUGCCCACCAAGCCCUCAAUGCCAACGCUGCAGCAACUGCUCUGGCUGACCUGAUGGCGCACACCCAGCUAGAUAACCACUUGGCGCCUCCAGACGUGACGGGCCUGUCGGAGUGCUCCUCACAUCAUGUGGAGCGGCCCCAGGUGGCCUCGAUGCGAGGCGUUUCCCGCAGCCACAACCACCAGCCCAACGUCAUGGAGACUGCAGAUGGAGUACCGGUCAGCAGUCGUGUCUCCAGCAAAAUCCAGCAGCUGCUCAACACACUGAAAAGGCCAAAGCGACCACCACUGCGAGAGUUCUUCGUUGAUGACUUUGAGGAGCUUUUAGAUGUUCAGCAGCCAGAUCCCAACCAGCCUCGGCCAGAAGGCCAGCAGAUGAGUCCUUUGGAAGGAGAGCCUCUUAGGGGGAUCACCAACUGGCCUGUAUCGUUGCCAGUAGCCUUACGAAGAUGGGGCACCACCCAUCCAAAGAGCCCCUGUCUCACAGCACUGGACAAUGCUGGCAAGCCCAUCUACACUCUCACCUAUGGUAAACUAUGGACCCGCUGUCAGAAACUGGCCUACACUCUUCUCAACAAGCUGAGCAGCAGAAAUGAGCCUUUACUCAUGCCGGGAGACAGAGUUGCACUUGUUUUCCCCAACAAUGACCCGGUGAUGUUCAUGGUGGCUUUCUACGGCUGUCUCCUCGCAGAACUGGUCCCUGUGCCUAUUGAAGUACCACUGACCAGAAAGGAUGCCGGAAGUCAACAGAUUGGUUUUCUGCUGGGUAGCUGUGGAGUCACAUUAGCACUGACUACUGAUGCUUGUCAGAAAGGUCUGCCCAAAGCACAAACAGGGGAGGUUGCAACAUUCAAAGGAUGGCCACGAUUGUUGUGGUUUGUGGCGGAUGGAAAACAUGUCGCGAAGCCUCCAAAAGACUGGCAGCCUGCAAUUCGAGAAGCCAGCAAUGACAUUGCUUAUAUUGAAUAUAAAACCAGUAAAGAAGGAAGCACCAUGGGGAUCACAGUGUCUCAUUCGGCCAUGUUGGCGCACUGUCAAGCCCUCACAGAGGCCUGUGGCUACACAGAAGGGGAAACCAUGACCAACGUCCUGGACUUUAAGCGAGAAGCAGGAUUAUGGCAUGGUGUUCUUACAAGUGUCAUGAAUCGCAUGCAUGUCAUCAGCAUCCCUUACUUCCUGAUGAAAGUCAAUCCCCUGUCCUGGAUACAGAAGGUUCACACAUACAAAGCCCGGGUGGCGGUGGUGAAGUCCAGGGACAUGCACUGGUCUCUUCUGGCUCAGAGAGACCAGAGAGACAUCAGCCUGAGCUCAUUGCGCAUGUUGAUCGUAGCUGAUGGCGCUAACCCAUGGUCGAUAUCCUCCUGCGAUGCCUUCCUCAAUGUGUUUCAGGCCCGCGGGCUGAGACCUGAGGUGAUCUGUCCAUGUGCCAGCUCCUCGGAGGCCAUGACUGUGGCCAUUCGCAGACCUCCAGAAACGGGGGUUCCUCCUCCAGGCAAGGCGGUUCUGUCUAUGGGUGGGCUGAGCCACGGUGUGAUCCGAGUGGACUCAGAGGAGAAACUUUCUGUCCUCACGGUGCAGGAUGUGGGACAGGUCAUGCCCGGAGCUGUGAUUUGUGUGGUACGAGUGGAGGGAACUCCUUAUCUGUGUCAAACAGAUGAGGUUGGAGAGAUCUGUGUCAGUUCCAGGAACUCUGGUCUUGCUUAUUAUGGUCUGCCAGGCAUGACCAAGAACAUCUUUGAGGCUAUCCCAGUAAAAGCAUCUGGAGCUCCACUCAGUGACAGACCGUUCACUAGAACCUCUCUGCUGGGUUUUGUGGGACCAGACAACCUUCUGUUUGUGGUUGGAAAGAUGGAUGGAUUGAUGGUGGUCAGUGGCCGCAGACAUAACGCCGAUGAUGUGGUUGCUACGGCGCUGGCUGUGGAGCCCAUGAAGUUUGUAUACAGAGGAAGGAUAGCAGUGUUUUCCGUGUCUGUGCUACACGAUGAAAGGAUUGUUGUGGUGGCAGAGCAGAGGCCAGACGCUUCAGAGGAGGACAGCUUCCAGUGGAUGAGUCGUGUCCUUCAGGCUAUUGACAGCAUCCACCAGGUUGGGGUGUACUGCCUGGCUUUGGUUCCUGCCAACAUGCUUCCUAAAGCUCCCUUAGGAGGCAUCCACAUAUCUGAGACCAAGCAGCGCUUCCUGGAAGGUGCUCUGCACCCCUGCAACGUCCUCAUGUGCCCUCAUACAUGCGUCACCAAUCUGCCCAAGCCAAGACAAAAGCAGCCAGAGGUUGGGCCUGCUUCUAUGAUUGUGGGCAACCUAGUGGCAGGCAAGAGGAUAGCACAAGCCUGUGGCAGAGACUUGGGACAAGUCGAGGACAAUGACCAGUUUCUUUAUAUUCAGGAUGUUCUCCAGUGGAGAGCUCAGGCCACUCCAGACCAUCCACUGUUCCUCGUUUUAAAUUCAAAGGGUGCAGUCGCCAGCACCGCUUCCUGUCUGCAGCUGCACAAGAGGGCAGAGCGAGUGGCAGCUGCGCUGAUGGGACGCCUCAACACUGGAGACCAUGUCGCACUUGUCUACCCACCAGGAAUCGACCUGAUUUCCACUUUCUAUGGCUGCCUGUAUGCUGGCUGUGUGCCGGUGACUGUCAGACCGCCCCACCCACAGAACCUGGCGACCACUCUACCAACUGUCAAAAUGAUUGUUGAGGUCAGUAAGUCUGUGUGUAUUCUAACAACUCAAGCAAUAAUGAAGCUGCUGAAAUCAAAAGAUGCUGCAGCUGCUGUAGACAUCAAGAGCUGGCCCACAGUGUUGGACACAGAUGAUCUCCCCAGAAAGAAGAAUAACCAAAUGUACAAACCUCCAACUCCAGAGAUGUUGGCUUACCUGGACUUCAGUGUGUCCACAACAGGCAUCCUAGCAGGGGUCAAAAUGUCUCACUCUGCCACCAGUGCCUUGUGUCGCUCCAUUAAACUUCAGUGUGAACUCUACCCCUCGCGGCAGAUCGCCAUUUGUCUGGAUCCUUACUGUGGCCUGGGCUUUGCCCUCUGGUGCCUAUGCAGUGUGUACUCGGGACACCAGUCAAUUCUGGUUCCUCCUUUAGAGCUGGAGAGCAAUGUUUCCCUCUGGCUCACGGCAGUCAGUCAGUACAAAGUGCGGAUCACCUUCUGCUCCUAUUCCGUUAUGGAGAUGUGCACCAAGGGUCUGGGGACACAGACCGAGGCCCUGCGGUUGCGGAAUGUGAACCUGUCGUGUGUACGUACGUGCAUGGUGGUUGCAGAGGAAAGGCCGCGCAUAGCCCUCACUCAGUCCUUCUCAAAGAUCUUCAAAGACUUGGGCCUCUCACCCCGAGCUGUUAGCACCACCUUCGGCUGCAGAGUGAACGUAGCAAUUUGUUUGCAGCCCAACAGGUUAGGGAAACUGGCUGAGCAGGGCACUGCUGGUCCAGACCCUACUACUGUUUAUGUGGACAUGAGAGCGCUGCGACAUGAUAGAGUUCGUCUUGUUGAGAAAGGGUCACCACACAGCUUACCAUUAAUGGAAUCUGGAAAGAUCCUUCCUGGAGUGAAAGUGAUCAUUGCAAACACAGAAACCAAGGGACCUUUGGGAGACUCUCAUCUUGGAGAGAUUUGGGUUAGCGGUCCUCAUAAUGCCACAGGUUACUACACCGUUUACGGGGAGGAGGCGCUGCACACAGACCAUUUCAACACCAAACUCAGUUUUGGGGACACUCAGACGGUUUGGGCCAGGACCGGUUACCUGGGCUUUCUGCGGCGCACAGAGCUGACUGAUGCGAGUGGAGAGCGCCAUGACGCCCUGUAUGUGGUGGGCUCUCUUGAUGAAACAUUGGAGCUGAGGGGGAUGAGGUAUCACCCCAUCGACAUUGAAACGUCUGUUAUUCGGUCUCACAAGAGCAUCGCUGAAUGCGCCGUGUUUACUUGGACCAAUCUCCUGGUUGUGGUGGUGGAGCUGGAGGGAUCAGAGCAGGAGGCUCUAGACCUGGUUGCCUUGGUGACCAAUGUUGUCUUGGAGGAGCACUACCUCAUUGUGGGGGUGGUGGUGGUGGUGGACCCCGGAGUCAUACCCAUAAACUCCAGAGGCGAAAAGCAACGCAUGCACCUUAGAGAUGGAUUCCUGGCUGACCAGCUGGAUCCCAUAUAUGUAGCUUAUAACAUGUGAGGCCCAGUAGCAGGAAACACACAGGAGAAAAAUACAAAAAUGGGGGCUUCCUGCAGGUUCAGACUGUGGCAGACCCCAUGUUGAUCCUCGCCUCAGCAAACAAUGUUUUUAAGGGCAUUUUACAUUUUUUUUAUUGAGUUUCUGAUGUUUGGGGGGGAAAUAAUGAAUUUUUGACUCAGAACACCGGAAAGCAGCGAGAUGGUCUGUCAUGUGAUUCUACAGUGUGCCAUUAACAUAAUUUAUUUUGUUAUCCUCAAACUGAUGAAUGUUAGGUGAGCGCUUGUGCCAUAGGACUGACGGGGAGUCUCAGAGUUUGUCUUAGGUCCUCUGUUUUCAUGUAAAAAAAAAAUCAAAUUUAAGAUCAAGUUCUAACAUUAAAGCUUUUCCAGCUUAAUGUGAACUUGGCUUUUUUCUCCUGUUCAUCCAGAAACUGAGAAUUUAACAGCAGUAGAUUUAGAGGAGAUUCUUAGUUUGUCUCAAUUCUGGAGUUUUUGGCAAAGUUUUGAACACAAUCUUAAUCUUGUGAGGACUCAACCCUCUACUUCUGCAUCUAAACCACAGAUUAGUGUUUUAUCUGAAAAUGCAAUAAGUGUAAUGUGGAGACUGUUUGUUUGAAUGACCGCAUACAGCAAGUGCCAAUCAGCUGAGCAAUGGAGAGGACAAUACUUGUUGCUUUCUAUUAACAGCGAGCUAAAGGACACAGUAAAUGAAGCCUUAAGUGUUUUUUCAAAUGCCUGUUUCCGUCUCGGCUCAAUUUUGUCAGCUGCUCACUGGCGUGAAAAAUACAAUUGGACACGUGGUUUAAAUUUAGCUUUAAAGUGUCGAUCCAAAUGUCAGCCACUAUUGACACACAAGCCCAUUAUUUAUGUAUUUGUGGUUUAAGGCUAAAGGUUAAAAAACUGAAACAAACUCUUGGUUUGUUGUCGAUUUUUACUAUCUUCAUUUCCAAAGCCAUACGGCCGAAUAGAAGUUUGAGAUUUGAUAUGCUGCAUAUAAAUCAUAUGAGGCAAGUGUCUAAUACACUCAUGGCACCAUAAACUUGCAGCUUGUUUUAUAAAGUAUCCUUGUAAAUUCUUCUUUUUUGCUUUUCUGUGUACAUCCACUCAAAGACCGGCUCCAGUCUGCUGUAAUUAUGUACAGAAUUUUGUGUAAAUUAUUAAAAGACGCAGAGCCGAGAGAAGGCGAUGAAUUCUGGUGAAAACCUGAGAAUCUUUGACAUCCAAAAAGUUGUUUGCAGCCAAUUCUGAUGCAUUUAAAGACUUGAAAUUAUUUUUAGAGUAAGGAACAGGGGACUCAGAAGAGCAGACAACGCACACUUCAGCCUGAAGAGACAACUGCUGAAAUGUCACAACCUUUGUUGUAAUGUACGGAAAAAGACUUGUCUGAUCUAUGGGUAACUGUCAUUAUUUUCAUAACAUGAUUUCAUAAUUAAUAAAAAUGUACUUUUAAUUUAAAA